CCCUCGGCUCUUCACCCCUCAGUACUGAGGCACUCUGGUCGUUCUGCGGGAGCUCCUUGCAAAUCCCCAGAGCCCUCUGCCUGGGAUACCCAUACCAUCGCCGCAGUGUGUCUGCCCGGCUCCGCUCCUCGUUACACGGGGCGAAGGAACGCGACGGAGCAGGCAGCUUUUGUUCAGCCUCGGCCUGCCACGCCACGUGCCAGCUGUGGCCCCAUCCACAACAGUGAGAGCCCUCGCAGCAUCAGGGAGCUCCUGGGUGCUGAGAAAAGAGUGGUGGAACAGCUUCGAAAGAAUUUGAUAGUGAAGCAGGAACAGCCAGACAGUAAGUUUCAAAUACAGCCUUUGGCACAGUCAGAAAACAAACUACAGACACCACAGCCGCAACCACUACAACAGCUACAGCAGCAUCACCAUCAACAGCAGCAGCAGUCUACUGCACCCUCUCCAAACGUGAUUGGAUCACAGAAAACUGUAACUACAGCUUCUAUGAUCACCACUAAGACACUACCUCUCGUCUUGAAAGCAGCAACUGCGACCAUGCCUGCCUCUGUUGUGGGUCAGAGACCUACCAUUGCAAUGGUUACUGCUAUCAACAACAAUCAGAAAGCAGUCCUCAGCACUGAUGCGCAGAAUGCACCAGUCAACCUCCAGACAACAAAUAAGGUCACUGGGCCAGGAGCUGAGGCAGUCCAAAUAGUGGCAAAAAACACAGUAACUUUGCAGGUUCAGGCUACACCUCAGCCCAUAAAAGUGCCGCAGUUCAUCCCUCCUCCGAGACUUACUCCUCGUCCAAAUUUUCUUCCACAGGUUCGACCUAAACCAGUUGCCCAAAACAACAUUCCUAUUGCCCCAGCACCUCCUCCAAUGCUUGCAGCUCCUCAGCUUAUUCAGAGACCUGUGAUGUUGACAACAAAGUUCACACCCACCUCUUUACCCAACUCUCAGAACUCUAUACAUCCAGUUCGUGUAGUUAACGGGCAGACAGCAACCAUAGCCAAAACUUUCCCUAUGGCACAGCUCACCAGCAUCGUGAUAGCAGCACCGGGUACCAGGCUUGCUGGACCUCAGACUGUACAGAUCAGCAAACCAAACAUUGAAAAACAGGUACAGAUAAGAAAGUGUCUACUAAUGAAAUGUACUAGGUUUAUUGCUUUACUGUAA